AUGGUUGACAGCAAGGGGAAACCAGACGAAAAUGGCCGGGAUCUGAUGUGGGUCCGCUUUGGGACAGUUUCCAACUGCGGCAUGAAAGUAAAGCGGGAUAAGGUGUACUGGACCAAGUGGCUUCUCGUGCUCGAAGAAACAGUCAUUCGUCUUUGUCCACUUCUGGAACGAGUCUGUCUCGGCGUUUGA